AACCCUAUAGGCUGAAUGCGAGAAUUUAUCUGAAUAGGAGCGCGAAGACUUGUAAAAAUGGCGGGAAUUUCCCUAUCCAAAGAUUCCCUGGAUGAUUAUGUCUGUUCUGCAAAUUCUGCAAUUGAAUUAAAACUUGUUCAAGUAGAAAAUGACUUGGAAGAUGACAAGAAAGCUUUUCACCCGGAAUAUACUCACCAGUUUUUUGGUGACAGUGAGAGCAUUUUUGGCUAUCGAGAUCUGAAAGUCCAGCUGUAUUACAGUGCUGCACGUUUGACUACAUUCCUUGGAUUGAAGUUUGGAGAAAAAAUAACACCUGACAAAAGUGAUGGUGUUCAGGCUGAUGAAGUGAUAAAUGUAAUUGGAGAAAAACUGCAACCAGGAUUUUACCAAAAUCGUGAUGACUUUAUAGCAUCCUUGGCAAAAGAUGCUAACUUCAAACCUCAUGGGGAGCUUCUACACACUUUUAAUAAAGAAGAAGAAAGCACCAAAAGAACUUUUGAAGUUUAUCGAGCAACAGCUUUAGAUCCGGGGUUUAAAGAAUACCAUGAAAGGAUGCAGACCUUUGUUUUGUGGUACAUUGAUGCAGCUUCAUUUAUUGAUAUAGAUGAUGAAUUGUGGGAAUUCUUUGUAAUGUUUGAGAAGUUAAGCUGUGACGGUGAACCAAGAUACUGCUUCGUAGGGUUUAUGACUGUUUACAGGUAUUAUGCUUAUCCAAAUAAGAAGAGGCCUAGAAUAAGUCAGAUGUUGGUUCUGCCACCUUUCCAGAAGAAAGGGCUUGGUGCUGAAAUGUUACAGACAGUGUAUAACUGGUAUGUGAAAGAUCCUGAUGUUGUAGACAUCACAGUGGAGGACCCAUCAGAAGAGUUCACAAGGUUGCGAGAUUUUGUUGAUUCUAAGAAUAGCUCAAAACUUACAAGUUUCCAGUCAGAAAAUCUGUUGAAAGGUUUUAGUAAAGAAAUGGUCAGUGAGGCUCAAGAAAACUUAAAAAUCAAUAAGAAGCAAACAAGAAAGGUCUAUGAAAUUCUUAGACUACAAGCUACAAACACAGCUGAUGUGGAACAGUACAGAGCAUAUCGCUUAGAUGUCAAAAACAGGUUAAACUUACCAUAUCAGAAACAACAGGCAGAUCUGGCAAAAUUGAAAAAGACCUUGCGACCUGAAGAACUGCGUGCAGCUCUACAAUGUACAAACAAAGAGCAACGAAUUGAACACCUAGAAAAACAGUACCGUGAAGUAGAAGAUGAGUACAGACACGUGUUAGAAAGGCUUGCAGCAUCAAGCUCAAGUUGACAAACCCUGUAACAUCAAUUGGCAAUUCCCUCAAACAAUUGAUUGACUUUUGUGUCCAACUAUUAUCAAUUUAAUUUUCUUUUUGAUAGUAUAAUAGCUUUUUAGCAUUGCACACAGAACAACUUGUUAAUAAAGUUACCAGUUGUCAUUGUUAA